GAGUCCCGCGGAUGGAUUACAGUUCAAUCGAGGGGGGUGACAUGGUGGGCGGAGUGAUCUUCGCCUGUAAAGGUCCUGUUUGAGGAAUGGUGAUCGAUAAAUAAAUUUCACGGUGCAAAUUCAUGACAGCGAUAGCAUAGUUGCUAGUUGACAUUUGCUACUUUUUAAGAACCGGCUUCGACUCCACGCCGAACGGGGACGUUUGGGAGUAUGGAACGGAAAAGUGUACCAGUCAGGCGUGUCCUCGGCAAUCCACAGACAGCGCGCGGUCCAGCCAACAACUUUCACAUGGAGGAGGCCGGCCAGUCUCGUGCCGCACAUUUAGUUCUUACUAAAGUCCAGCGAAGUGGGCACAAACAUCAUGAUGUCAACCAUCAAAUCAGGGCCAAGCCAGACUUGAACACAACACUGCCCGUUCGACAGACGGCCUCCAUCUUCAAGCAGCCAGUGACCAAAGUAACAAAUCACCCUAGCAACAAGGUGAAAACAGACCCGCAGAGGGCUGUGGACCAACCAAAGCAGCUGUUCUGGGAAAGGAAGCUGAGUGGGUUAAGUGCCUUUGACAUUGCAGACGAGCUGGUGAAAACCAUGGAUCUCCCCAAAGGCCUACAAGGUGUGGGGCCUGCGAGUUCUGACAAAACGCUGCUGUCCGCCAUCGCUAGCGCCCUCCACACAAGCCCCGCGCCUGUCACCGGCCAGCUCACGGCGGCCGUGGAGAAAAACCCGGGAGUGUGGCUCAACACCACGCAGCCUCUCUGCAAGGCGUUUGUGGUGACAGAUGAAGAUAUCAGGAAGCAAGAGGACCUUGUGCAGAGUGUGAGGAGGAGGCUGGAGGAAGCCCUCAUGGCGGAUAUGUUGGCUCAUGUUGAGGACGCCGCUGUGGUCGCGGCACCCGGCACGGUGGAAAAUGACCACGACGGCGGCGGCGAAGAAAAAGAGAAGGGGGCUGAGCGGGUGGAAAAGGAGGAGUUAUAGCCAAGGUACACAAAAUGGCUGUCAAUUCCAGUAGUGCUGACUGAUUUUUUUCUUACGUCGUUUACCACAACUUCAGCUGAAAUCAUCAAUUAUCCGGGAGGGGAUUUUUUUUCCCCCCUAGUUUUUGUCACUACUUCAACUAAACUAAAACUGAAACUUCUUCUCUUUGUCAACUGAAAAGGUGCUCUAAGUCUCAGCUUUUACCUCCAUCGAUUUUUCAGCGGAUAUUUUUGGUGCUGCACACUAUCCAUUCGGUGUCGUUUUCAUCACACAGCUGCUCAACAAGCGCAAACAAACCUGGUGUAUGUGAACUGUAAAAUAUCUCUGUAAAUGUGCGUCCAUUUGUGAAGAACAACACGACUUUGUUUCAUAUGCCCGCCGCCACUUAAGUGAUAUUUAUGCAAAGGAGCAUAGAGAAGAUUGCGGACUCGCUGCAUGCAUGCUGUACUUUCGCGCUCUCUAACGUUACACUUAAGAGAGCUCAGAUCGUUUCGUGGCUUUCAAAUAUUCUUGAUGGUUUACAAUAACUUUAGGUCAUGUUAUGUCAUGUCGCUCUAAAAUGUAAGAAACACUGAUACUUAACUACUGUACAUGAAUCCAAUAUUGUUAAAUAAAUGCAUCUUUUGGA